GAAUCGCAGCUACAGGGAGCAGAACCUGCCGGUGACGGAUGGCAGCCGGGAGCUGCACAGCCUCUGUGCCCAGCUGGAAUUCCUCCUGCAGUUUGAUCUCAAGGAGAAGAAGAGCUUUUUUGGGCAGCGCAAGGACUACUGGGACUUCUUGUGCCAGGGCCUGGCACAGCGUCGGCAGGAGCACGAGGGCAUCCGCUUCGUCACCUCGCUGGACAAGGUGGGCAUGGGCCAGUGGAGGGGGCUCACAGGGCACCCACUGGGUGGGCAUGGUCACAGACGCUGGAUGCACGGUGCAUGGGCUGUGCUGGGGAUGCAGGUUGGCAUGGCAGUGCUGCAUCACCCCUGCUUCCCUCCAGCUGAAGACCCCUGUGGGCAGAGGCCGUGCCUUCCUGCGCUACUGCCUGGUGCACCGGCAGCUAGCCGAGUCCCUGCAACUCUGCCUGCUCGACCCCAAGAUCCUCAGUGAGUGGUACUACGCCCGCAGUCCCUUCCUGAGUCCCCAGCGGCGGGCUGAGAUACUGGGCAGCCUGUAUGAGCUGGAUGGCAUCACCUUCCACCUGGCCCUGCACAGGGCUGACCUGGACACUGCCUGGCCCAUGUUCUCUGAGACACUGGUGCGGCCCAGUGUGCUGAAGAUGACCCUGCAGACAGAAGGUAGCAGCACGGGGGUACAUAGAUGUCCUGAUGGCAUCGCCCAGCCAGUUGCAGUGCCCCAUGGGAUGCCAGCCUGUCCCAGCCCACGGGCAGAGGGUGAGGAGGAGGAUGAUGUGGAAACAGAAGAGAAUGGAGAGGAAGACACGGAGGACCACGAAAAGGAGGAGGACAAUGAAAAGGAGGAGGACAUGCCCAGCACUGCUGAAGCACAGUGUAGCACCAACGCGGAUCCCAGCCUGACCCCAACACCCGACCCGGGGCUCACACCCGGCUCCCCAGCCCAUAGUGCGAUGGAGGCAUCCCUGCGAGCACAGGUGUCUCAGCUGCAUGCCGAGCUGGGGCGGCGGGAGGAGGCCUGGCGUGCCCAGCUGGAACGGGAGGAGCGGCAGCACCGGCAGAAAGAGGAGCGCAGCGCCCGGCAGGUCCGGCUGUGGGCCCUUGAGGCUGAGGCGCUGCGGGACACCAACGCCUUCCUCAGCCAAACGCUGGCCGAGGCGGCGGGUGGCCCGGGGGGGCUGGCACAGGCGCAGGAGGAGGCUCAGCGGUGGCGGGAGGUGGCGGAGGAGCGGGCAGCACGCCUGGACGAGGCAAUGGCAGAGGUGGCAAUGCUGACCUCGCGCCUGCAGGAGUGCCAGGCUGCAAUGCAGGCACGGGGACAGACAGACGCCCCAGCCCAGAUGGCCGCCCUGGAGGAGGUUCUGCAGCGGGCGCUGGAGCUCUCCCAUGGCCCACUGAUGGACAAUCAGGAAGAGGGGGACCCCAGCACGGCUGCUGGCAUGGCAAUGCGACUCACGGCCCUGGUCACAGCAACACGGGAGGAAGCCUUGCAGAGCAGGCAGCGGAUCCAGGCCCUGCGGGAGGAGGUGGUGCGGCUGCAGGAGCAGCUCAGCAGGGCUCGUCAGGACGGGGAGCGCUGGGCAUCAGCCCUGCAGCGGACACAGCGGGAGGUGCAGGAGCGGGAGGCCAUGCGUGGCGCAGAGCAGGCACGGCAGCAGGAGCUCAUCCGCGACAUGAAGGGGCGGCUGCUGGAACUGCUGCGGGAGAAGGAUGCCCUGUGGCAGAAGACAGAGGGUAUUGACCCACCAGCACCCAGCCCAGCGCCCCGUGAUGUGGGGCUGUGCACCCGCUGUGGCAAGGAUUUUCGCCUCCUGUCCCGGCGGUACAGCUGCAGCAGGCUGUGCCAGGGCAAGGUGUGCCACGCGUGCUCCGUGGACAUGGGGAAGCAGGGGCGAUGCUGCCUGCUCUGCUACCAGCAAAGGCACCCACAGGCUAUGUGAGCUGGGAGGACAUUCAACCUGCUGUGCCUGGGACAUGGGGCCAGCGGGUAGGUCCUGCUGCUCUGGUUUUCAGGUUGUGAUGUCUUUUGCAUGGCUGGCCCAUGGAGAAAGAAACAACCCGGUGCUGACA